UUGGCACACCAUCGACGCCGAUGCUCCGGAGCUGAGCCACAUCCUGUGCUGGACCCCUACCGACCCACCGACGGGCCUCUCGUAUUUCUCCAGCAUGUACCCUCCUCAUCCUUUGACCGCUCAGUAUGGGGUGAAAGUGCUUCGAUCUUUCCCUCCGGAUGCUAUUCUGUUUUACAUUCCGCAGAUUGUGCAGGCCCUUCGAUACGACAAGAUGGGCUACGUCAGGGAGUACAUCCUCUGGGCAGCUUCCAAGUCCCAGCUGCUGGCUCACCAGUUCAUUUGGAAUAUGAAGACAAACAUCUACCUGGAUGAAGAGGGACACCAGAAAGACCCUGACAUUGGGGAACUGCUGGAACAGCUGGUGGAGGAAAUAACUGGUUCGCUGUCUGGUCCAGCGAAGGAGUUUUACCAACGGGAAUUUGAUUUCUUCAACAAAAUCACCAACGUUUCAGCCAUCAUCAAGCCUUAUCCUAAAGGCGAAGAGCGAAAAAAGGCCUGCUUGAGUGCUUUAUCUGAAGUGAAAGUACAACCUGGGUGCUAUUUGCCAAGCAACCCAGAAGCCAUUGUUUUGGAUAUUGACUACAAGUCGGGAACGCCUAUGCAAAGCGCUGCCAAAGCCCCUUACCUGGCCAGGUUCAAGGUGAAGAGGUGUGGAGUGAGCGAACUGGAAAGAGAAGGUCUGCGUUGUCGUUCAGACUCAAUAGACGAAUGCGGAGAAGACAGCAGGGAGAGUAAGAAGAUUUGCUGGCAGGCCGCCAUCUUUAAAGUGGGUGAUGACUGCAGGCAG